ACAGUGGGAGUGACCGCCGCCGCCUCCGCCGCUCUGCCUUCCCCCGCCUGCGGGGCCGCUUAUAACCCCCCUCGCCGCCCCACGUCUCUUUCCGACUGCGCUCAGGGAGCCGCGGGCGGGCGGCGGCGCGGCAGCUUGCAGAGACCCCGGCCCGGCGGGCCAGGCAGCCAUGGGGAGGCAGCUGCUGCUACUCGGCGGGCUCGCCCUGCUGGGCCCCCUGCUCGCCUUCUCCGCGCCGGCGAACGACACCACUUCCUGGAAUGGCACACACCGGUUAAGAACCUUUGCAUCUUAUCACAAAGAUGACAGCUAUGAACAUAUACCUUUUCAAGACAUCGACAGUGAUACUGAAAGUGAUUCAGAAGUUGGAUCAGGAUUAAGCAAUCUAACUAGAGCCAAUCAAACUAAAGCACAAACAAGAUUCAUCUCUCAUGAUGCUAAAAGAUACCUGACUAGUCAAUGGUUGACUCGUUUUGUUCCUUCAGUUUACACUUUAGUGGUUAUGCUGAGUCUCCCUCUGAAUAUUACAGCAAUACUUGUGUUCCUGAUAAAAAUGAAAAUUAAAAAGCCAGCUACAGUAUACAUGCUGAAUCUGGCCUCUGCAGAUGUAUUGUUUGUAAGUGUGCUUCCUUUUAAGAUCGCAUACCAUUUUUCUGGAAACAACUGGGUGUUCGGACCUGAAAUGUGUCGGCUCAUCACCGCUGCCUUCUACUGUAACAUGUACUGUUCGGUACUGCUGAUGACUGUUAUUAGCAUUGAUCGUUUCUUAGCCGUGGUGUAUCCUAUGCAAUCUCUCUCAUGGCGUACUUUAACGCGUGCCUCGUUGAUCUGCUUUACCAUAUGGCUUAUAGCCAUAGUUGGUGUUAUACCCAUUCUCAUCACAGAGCAAACUAUGAAAAUAUCUGAGUUAAACAUUACAACCUGCCAUGAUGUGCUAAAAGAAUCUGAACUUAAGAGAUAUUACCAUAAUUUCUUCACCAUUUUCUCUUCCAUUUUCUUUUUUGUGCCAUUAAUAAUUUCUUCUGUCUGUUAUGUGUGUAUUAUCCGAUGUCUUAUCUCUUCUAAUAUUGUUGCAAAACAAAGUAAGAAGACACGUGCUUUACUCUUGUCUGCCGCUGUUUUCUCUAUUUUUAUUAUUUGUUUUGGACCAACAAAUGUCCUUUUAUUAAUUCAUUACUUAUCUUUUCCUUACAACCACCAGUUAGAAUACAUCUAUUUUGCCUAUCUCCUCUGUGCUUGUAUCAGCAGUGUAAGCUGCUGCAUUGAUCCUUUGAUUUAUUACUACGCUUCCUCUGAGUGUCAGAGACAGGUUGGCAAUCUCUUGUGCUGUAAAGAGAGUUCUGAACCUACCAGUAGUAGCAGCAGUGGUCAGUUAAUGGCUAGGACCAGUAGAAGGGAUACCUGCUCCAGUAAUCAGAGUAACAGUGUCUACAGGAAGUUGCUAACAUAAUGUUUUUGGAUAAAUGUACAUCAUACAUUCUUUGAAGAUUUUUAUACAGCUUCAGUAAAAAUACCCUAUUGUAUCCAAGAAUUGCAUAACUUGGGGCAGAUCUUAACUGAGACAUAUAGUAGGGUAGAUUCAUUACAGUAAUACAUAAUUCUAAACACAGCACAGGCGUCUGUGUAUUUAUAUGUAUAUAGGUGAAAUGGGAGGAAGCAAUAUAAAGAACUUUUAUAAAAGCUGUUGGAUAUUAUUUUCAGAUAAAUCCAAGCAAACCCUUUUAAGAUUUGCAGUUCAGUCUCUUGUAAAAUUCUGUGAAAUAUUUCCUGUUUUAGCAUUUUAAACCCCCCCCAAAAUUGUUUCUAUACUUAUAAGUGAAAUGUAUCAAAUCAUCUCUCCAUUAUCUUGUGAAUGAAAUGAAAAUGGUUUACCAGCCAAGCUGUUUUUUCAAUGUCAUUAUUUGUAGGUUUAGCUAUACAAUUAAGUUUUUGAACAUCAUUGUGCAUUUUUGGGGAUCUCAAAGUGUGGAUACUGCAUUUCUCCGUGUUUUACAUAGAAGUUUAUGAAGUGGAUUUUAACAAACAGAAGCCAGUUUUGACAAUCGAGCUUGUCAGAUAAAAAAGAAAAUUCAUGGCAGCUAGGACUACCUUUUGUAUCAUAGUUCUCACAUAAUAUCAUUGAACUUGCCAUUGGAAAAAAAAACUCUUGUAGGGUUCCUGGUUUAGACCAUGCUACCAUUAGAGCAAAAUUUCCCCAAAAGUCAAUGUUAAUAUGCAUCCACAAAAAUUGACACUUCAAAAUCAGCAUUUUCACAUGCUAUUGCUCUGUCUGCGUGCAUUACCAUGCAUUUGUACUGUCUUUAUACCACUUGGCACCUACUGUUUUGCAACUUACAAAUGCAUUUUUCCUGUAUGCAAUGUAAGUAGGCCACAUCACUUAGAAGUUUGUCCUCUAUCCCACAUGAGAGCAAGUCUGAGCAGUUUUGAAAUAGUUCAUGUUAAGUUUGUUAUAAAUGUUUAGUUCCAGAGCCAGCCUCAUCCUGCAUGUAUAGCAUCAUUUUACUUUAAAGUGUUACUAUGUGCUUAUAGCACAAAGUAACAGGACAUCUGUUCUGAAAAUGAACUGUAUAGAUAAUAGGACUUAACUUGGUUUCUCUUUUCCAAUACAGUGACAACAAUGAGGUUCAUGUAAAUUUUGUAACAGCAGAUUGUCAAUAAACAGCAUUAGCUUGCCAUAUUCAGAGUGAAUAAAGUCCCCUGUCCAUUACAAAAGAGAGAGAAAGGAAGAAAUUUAACUUUCAAGCAGGUACUGUGAAAAUGGCAAACUCCUGCCCAAACGUAAUUUAUUUUACCUUUUUUCCUUUUGUGAUGGAGUUAAACUUGUUUGCUGUAAAUAUUGAGUGCUAGUCCUCUCCUGAUUGUUGAGUCUUCCUGUGUUUCCAUGCUUGAGGAUGGGGAUUGCUUCUUCAUUUUACCAUGUGUUAAUCGGACAUUUGUUUCAGUAUCCUAAUACUUUGUUUGAUACUGGUUUAUUUUUAGAAAUUCAGAAGAGUCUGUGUAGUCAGUUUCAGUAGGUGAAGAAGUACACGCUGAAAGGAAAGGAAAUGUAUUUUGGAAAUAGCUUGUCAUCAUAAUGGGAAUUCUGUUUUCUUCCUUUCAGUCUGUCUUUGGGUAAAAAUCACAUGAAACUAGACAUUUCCUUAAACACCACCAAUUCAACUGUAUUUUAUGAAGCUGCAUGCUUUUCUAACUGUAGUUUUACAGACUUAAGUAAAAUCUGUAAAUAUUUAGCAUUUUUGUAUGUUAUUUUAUAAUUCCCUGGCUUAAUCAAGUAGACUAAUCCAUAUUUUAUCACUUCAUGGAAAUCGUAAUAUAAUACAGGACAUAACUGUUUAAUUUUUUUAAUACUUUGGAACUUCAGUUACUUUGAACUAAUAAUAAACAUGUAAACUUCC